AUGCCGCCGCCCUUCCCAACCUCCCAUCGCGGGAUGACCGCAAAUCCCCAGAGACCUGCGCGAUACCGACCUGGAAAGCCAAUCGCGGAGGAACCAUCCUCUGAAGAGGAAGAGGAAGAGGAGGUAAAUGAGGAGAUCCAGGGGGAACAAGAAAGGAAGAGGCUAGAGCAACAAAGACAGAAACAGGCGGCCCCAAAGGCUACCUCUUUUCCGGGGACGAGGACUGUAACAAAGGACAUUAAGGAUGUCAAGGUUCAGCAGGAAGACGAUGAUGAUGAGGAGGGGUUCGUUACUGAGGAAGAGGACGAAGGGGUUGCGAUUGCUCGCGAUAUUGUGGCAGCUCAGGUAGCAAAGCCCGCUGAGAAGGAACAAGAAGAAGAGGAAGAAGAAGAAGAAGAAAGUGAAGAAGAGGAAAGCUCCGACGAGGAAAGUAGCUCCGAAGACGAAGCGCCCCGGCGUGUCCUCCUCCGCCCAACCUUUAUCAAAAAAGACAAACGCACCAACGGCGCAACAGACCACCAAGGCGCCGCAGCCGCAGACUCCAUAGCCGAAGCCGAAGCGCGCAAAGCUCAGCGGCAGGAGAAAGCAGAUGCGCUGGUUCGAGAGCAAAUUGAGAAAGAUGCCAUCGCGCGGAGCUCUGCGAAUAAAGCCUGGGAUGACGAUGAAGCAAUGGCAAACGAGGAGGCGGCUAUUGACGAUACAGAUGGAAAGGAUCCGGAAGCUGAAUACGCAGCUUGGAAACUGCGAGAGUUGAAACGCAUCAAACGUGAGCGUGAGGCUAUUGAAGCGGCAGAGAAGGAACGCGAGGAGGUCGAGCGCCGGCGGAACCUAACAGCAGAAGAGCGCGAGCGAGAGGAUCAAGAAUUUCUCGCUAAACAGAAAGAGGAGCGUGAGGCUUCGCGCGGCCAGACUGGAUAUAUGCAGCGGUACUUCCACAAGGGUGCAUUUUUCCGCCCCGAUCUCGAGAAGGAAGGUCUUGAUAAACGUAAUGUCAUGGGCGCGCGAUUCGCAGACGAUGUUGCUCGGGAGACAUUACCGCAGUAUAUGCAAAUUCGAGACAUGACGAAACUCGGAAAGAAGGGCCGCACGCGAUACAAAGAUCUCCGGACUGAGGAUACGGGGAGGUUCGGUGAGGGUUUUGGUAAUCGACGAAGACAGGAAGCUCCAGUAGGGGUUACGGAUGAACGGUUCUUGCCUGAUCGAGGCUUUGAUAAGAAGGGUCCCACUGGUGCAAAUGCUUCUGUUUGGACAACUCUUGUUCGUCUUAAGAGCAUCGGAUCACUUGCUUGUUCACUCUUGAUUCUCAUUUACGCGGGAUAG